AUGGGCAAUCGUACAUCUCGUAAAACUAUGCAAAAACAAAACUCGAGUGCGUGCGAUUCAUCAAUAUACGCAUCGAAGCAACCAGCUGAACAACCGUACUUCAUGAAACAUCAUAUAGAAACACAUUGUAAUCUAGUGGAUAACGUUCUAAAUCAUCAUAUGCAAGUAGUGAAUUCAAACCCAGAUAUACCACCGUUAAUUAAAAGUAUUCAUCAAACAUCUUUACAACUUGCAAUUAGACAUCAUUUUCAUGCAACGUCUUUAAACACUCCACAUUAUUUACAACUCGAACAGUUAGUAGUGAAUUUUUGA